UUCACUCUACCGUAUGAGCCUGGCGAGGAAUCAUGAACCGAUCGAAGCACACGGGCAAGAUCCGGAGGCGACUGGAGGAGGUCAAGAACGGGUCCUUCCGACUGACCAAAGCAGAUUUUAGCCACAAUGAGAGCGUGCGGCUGGCCACUGACGCCCUCUUGGAUGGUGGCAUCCAGUCCUACUUCAAGGCCUUGGAGGAAGAGGGAGAAGUGGAUUUUCUGUCUUCGGUGGAAGCUCAGUACAUCAAGAGGAAUGCCAAAGAACCUUACUACGCCAGCGACAUGCAUGCCGACGGAGAAACUGGACCACGGCAGACGAACGAUGCCAGGUCCAUGGAGUCAGGAACUUAUUUCCCGUUCAAUUCGGAAAGCAGCGAACCAGCCCUUCUUCAUACAUGGGGUGCAACAGAAAAGCCCUACCUGAAAGAGAAGUCGAGCGCCACGGUGUAUUUCCAAACGGAUAAGAACAGCAAUAUUCGAGACAUCAUACGCCGGUGCAUUAGCAAGACCAGCCAGGUAUUGGCUAUUUUGAUGGAUGUGUUCAGUGAUACUGAGAUAUUCUGCGAUAUCUUAGAAGCAGCAAACAAGCGUAGGGUCUUUGUCUACCUGCUGCUUGACCACAGCAACCUCAAGCUCUUCACCGAGAUGUGCGACAAACUGCAUGUCACGGAGGGUCACUUCAAGAAUAUUUCCGUGCGAAGUGUUACCGGAGAAGUUUAUUGUGCUAAAUCAGGCCGGAAAUUCUCAGGGCAAAUCCAAGAAAAAUUCAUCAUCUCGGACUGGAGAUACGUUCUGUCUGGAUCAUACAGCUUCACGUGGCUGUGCGGCCAGGUUCAUCGCAACUUCCUCUCCAAGUUCACAGGCCAAGUGGUCGAGCUGUUUGACGAGGAGUUCCGGCACCUCUACGCCACAUCCAAGCCUGUGGCGGGGCUGAAGUCCCCAUCGCAUCCCUCGUUCUUGCUCAACAACAGCAUGGCAGCUACCCAGGGCAGCCUCACCAGCAGCAGCAGCAGCAGCAGCCGAGAAAGCAACCACAACCCAUCAGAUUUGUUCACCUGCCCGUCGAACAACAACACCUUGCCCCGCAAGCCACCUCCCAGGACUCCCGUUUACAACGGUCACCCACCAUCCCAGUCUCCGCUCAACAGAGUCCACUCUUUCCACGGCUACACCACGUUCAUGACAACCCCACCACAGAGCAGUAUCCAGGUCAACUACUACCAGCGACAGUAUAUCACUGAUUCACCGGCGGUCGUUUACAACAACGUGAACCUCUACAGACCCACGAGAAUCAGACCGGAGGAGGUCAACAGGGCUCAGCUGAACCCGGUCUGGAGGUGCCUUCACAAAGCAAACCUGAUUAGAUGAUUGGGGAGUGGGGUUUAGUUACCUUUUAUACCG